UUGAGGAACAGUCUUACAGCGCAUAUGUGAGUGAGAACAACAAACCUGGCUCCACUUUAUGUUCCGUCAGUGCUCGAGACCCCGACUGGAGACAGAACGGUACCGUGAUUUAUUCUCUGUUAUCUGGUGAGGUGAACGGUGCCCCGGUGUCCUCGUAUGUGUCUGUGAACGGAGACACGGGUGUGAUCCACGCUGUGAGGUCGUUUGAUUAUGAACAGUUCAGGAGUUUCAAAGUGCAGGUGAUGGCGAGAGACAACGGUUCUCCUCCUCUGAGCAGCAACGUGACCGUGAGUGUGUUCAUCUCGGAUGUGAAUGACAACUCUCCUCAGAUUCUGUACCCCGCCCCGGAGGGCAACUCGUUCAUGACCGAGCUGGUCCCCAAAGCUGCUCACGGAGGCUCUCUGGUGUCCAAAGUGAUCGCGGUGGACGCGGACUCCGGUCAGAACGCCUGGCUGUCGUAUCAUAUCGUGAAAUCCACUGAUCCGGGACUUUUCAGUAUUGGUGUCCACAGCGGAGAGAUCAGGACACAGCGGGACAUUUCUGAAUCUGACAGCAUGAAACAGAAUGUGAUUGUGUCAGUGAAAGACAACGGACAGCCCUCUCUGUCAGCUACCUGCUCCAUGUAUUUGCUGAUUUCUGACAACUUGGCUGAGGUGCCAGAACUGAAAGAUAUUUCUUACGAUGAGAAGAAUUCCAAGCUGACCUCUUAUCUGAUUAUUGCACUGGUGUGUGUGUCCACCUUCUUCCUGACCUUCAUCAUCAUCAUCCUGGGUGUGAGGUUUUGUCGCAGGAGAAAGCCCAGACUGUUGUUUGAUGGAGCAGUUGCCAUCCCGAGCGCUUAUCUCCCUCCUAAUUACGCAGAUGUUGACGGCACAGGAACUUUACGCAGCACUUACAAUUAUGACGCCUACCUGACAACAGGUUCUCGGACCAGUGACUUCAAGUUUGUGACUUCUUACAAUGACAACACUCUGCCUGCAGACCAGACUCUGAGGAAAAGUCCUUCAGACUUUGUUGAUGCCUUUGGAGAUUGUAAUGCUUCUCCUGAGGUAGGGCAUUUUUUGUGUCACUAACUUUUUGAUCAGUGUCUCGAAAAAGGCAUUGACAUCCACCUGCGUGCAUUGUUGGUCUGUUUUUCAGUAAGCAAACACGUUUCAAUGUCAGUAAAAUGUUCCCCUCUCCUUGGUCUCGAUCAAAUUUUAUUCUCAUGUGCACUUCGAUUUUUUUGUUUUGUAUUGCAUAAUCAGUUUUUAUUCUCAAUUCGUUUUUUUCUUUAACUGUGCCACAAAAGCAAUAUUUUUUCAAAGCAGAUCUAAGUUUUUGGUGUUCGUAUUGUCAUAUCCAUGUGUUCUAGUUUGGUAUCAGUAUAGGAACAGGUCGGCUGAUCAUGAUUUGGGAUUAUUGUAUUUUCAGGAGAUUUGGAAGUCUGCCUACAAUACACAACUCAUUUGCAAGCGAAAAUGUGAGGCAUGCAGCAGCAUACAACAUUUUUGUUACCAAGGAUGUUUUACAUUAUGUCAGCCAUUCUAUCAAUAAAUUCGACAGUGUUUUUUUUAAGAUACAUUUUGAAGCUUCUCUGUGCUAACAAAAAUGUUGUUGAGGUCAAGUUGGAAUUGUUAUUUCAGGAUGGAUGUGUUACAUUUUUUUCUGCUUACAAUAUGAUUUAGUGAUACUGUCAUUUAAGGCAUUUUUUUAUAAUUGAUGCAGUAUUGUGUUCUUUUUACAAUAUUAAAAAAUAUGCAGUGAUACAUGUUGGAGCCCAAAUUUAUGUAAUUUGUGCAAAAUCGGUAACCUGUGUAUAAUCUGAUUUAGUGGUAAGUUAAGUAGAAAACUUUUUUAUUCUGAGUUAAUAUCAACCUUAUCGAUUUUUUCGUUUGUAUUGUUAUUUUUGUCGUUGGUGUGGCUAUGUGCCCGCCCACUCAUUAUGUCCAGGUGACUGCAGCACCUGGAUAUAUGGUGAGUGGUCGCACGGGGCCGGGAAGCUUUUUGUUCUCGGCAGCCACACAGUUUAAGACCGCUGGCGCUGAUGGAGGUGAGCGUUGUUUUGUUGUUGUUGUUGUUUUGUUGUUGUUUUUUUUGCUAUUUGGCCGGUUGGAUUGCCGCUGCUGGUAAACGGAUUCUCUUUGUUUGUCGUUUCGAUCAUGGAAUAAAUGGAAAUGGAAAUUCU